AUGUCAGUAAGGAGUAGCAGUAUCGAUAGUGCAUUAUUCAUUAACACCAAAAGUGUUUUAUUGUUAGCUGUAGGAUCUUUUGGAGAUGUGAUACCGUUUCUUAAUCUUGGAAUAGGACUUCGACAACGUGGACAUAAUGUAAUAAUAGCAACUACAUCAAUUUAUCGUAGAUUUGUUCUAGAAAGAGGAUUUGAAUUUCGCACAAUUGGUUGGGAUUUAAUUGAUUAUAUUGAAAACAAUAAUGAAUUGAGUUUACAAAGAAACAAUUAUGAAGAUGCAGAAAGAAUGUUGAAUAAGAUUGAGUUUGUUAUUCUUGGAAUUGGUUCAAUGUACAUGUACCCUGAGUGUAUUAUAAGGGAUAUUCCCAUGGCAUAUAUUUGUACUUAUCCCUGGUCAAGUGCACCAAAGAUUACAGAAGAUAUUUAUUCAUUUGAUUCAUUACAAUGGAUCCCAUUUCAAUUAAAUUUUAAAAUGCGGAAGACAUUUGAUUAUCUUGUUACAGUUUGGUCUGAUAUGGAAAAUUUACCAAUCUAUAACCAAAAACUUUUAGAACUUGGACUUGAAUCUGUAGAAAAAGUUCCAUGGUCAUCAGGUGGUUCAAUUGAAACCAAUCAAAUACCAGUAAUACAUAUUUCAAAUAGACAUUUAAUUAAAAUACCACUAAAUCCUAAAAAUAUAAAUGAAACGCAAAUCGAUUAUCCAUAUCUAAAAUACGAAAAUGAAUUGGAUAUAUUUGAAGCAGAUCCUGAUUUAGAUAAAUUUCUAAAUGAGGGUAGAAAGCCAAUAUAUUUUGGAUAUGGUACAAAUAAUAAUAAUUUUGUGGAUGAAAUAGAAAGAAUCAGACUUUGGUUGGAAGUUAUGCAAAAAUUACCCGAAAACCAAAGAGCCAUAUUUUGUGAUGUUGGAGAUGUUGAUAUUCAAGAAUUAAAUGAUGAAAUAUUAAACGGUAGAAUAUUUAUUUUAAAUUAUUAUGUUCCACAUUCGUGGUUAUUUCCACAAUUAUCAUGUGUGGUAUUUCAUGGUGGCAUAGGUACAACUCAUUCUGUCAUAAGAGCAGGCGUACCUUCACUAAUAGUAUACAACUAUCCUGAACAAUCAUGGUGGGCAUCCAUACUAUAUCGUCACGGUUUAACUUCUAAUGCAGGAUUUCAUGUAAAUGCAGUGGAUUCAGAUAAAAUCUACGAAUCACUACUUGACGUGUUAACAGAUAUUGACCUGAAAAAAAGAUGUGAAUCUCUCGGUAUGAGAUUAAAUAGAAAAUUGAAUAAAAAAGAUGGCGUAACUAAGAUUUUAAAUUUUAUAGAAGGUUACUGGGACAAAACAAAUUGGGAUGAUUUAGAUUUAAAUAAGAAUCAUCAUCUUCAUAGUGAUGAUGAUUCUAAUGAUAAUGGUACUAUUACUCCUAAUAGUACAAGAAAAUUCUAUGCUGAAAAUACAUCAGGUCAAUCAAAGCCUUUCAUCUUAUUUCGUCAAAUAUUUAAUGAAGAAUAUCGAAAGUAUUAUGAAAAAACUUUUCUCCGUCAAUUAAGCCCUUUAGCCUCCAGAUCGUGGAAAGCACUAAGUCACGAGGAUCAGAAGAUUUUCAAGGAUCUUUCAAGAGAAAUCAAUAAAUCGAAAAGUCGAAAAAUUGCAAUCGACAACAUAAAAUACUAUUCUCCCAAAGCUCGUAAAACGCGUAAUUUUACACGUGUAGAAGAUCUACAUAGUACAAAAUCGAAUAUAAUUAAAAAAUCUCGUGGUAUAUUUAAAUAA